GACGUACGGGCAAGUGUCCUUACGCCUGGCGUCACAGUUCACCUAGCAGUAAAUAGGCAUCAGGGAGUUAAUCGGCCGUUGUUAGUCGCAUCCUUACCUUUUCUGGACGAUCAUGGGUUAAUAACCCCUCCCCAAAAGUCAAUAAUUAAAAGAAAAUCUUUUACACUUCGUCAGGGGAAUAUACUCGCAGAACAAUGUUAUUUCCUUAUAUAGAAGAGCAUAAAACAAAUAACUGACGCGAGCGAUGAACUCAUCGGCCAGUAACGUAUCUGUGAUAGUGAUACACAAUCAUCUCAAACAGAUUAAAUAAUCUUAAAAAAAAAACUAUUUUUUAAAGAUCAUAAACGAGUGAGUCUUAGAAUGACAUUUUUUACGGCAGUAAAUCCAUGCAUCAGGCUGUUGAAGCUGUGAGAGUGCCAGCUUGAGUGACCUUGCAUGAUACUUCAGAAAGGAAAUAAGGUGAAGAUGUUAUGAGCAGUGAGGUGCAGGUGACACCAGUCACGAGGACAGACUACUGGAGAUACACAUUUCAUAUCAUUUGAGAAGGGCAAGAAAAGAGUACGGUAUGGUAGAGGCCGCUGGAGCAAUGGCGAUGUUCGUGCUUCGGCUGGCGGGGAUCCUAUCACUCGAGAACUCAAUCAAGGAACAGGAGGCCAACCUCACCGACUCACAGAUCAGCCUCACCGACUCACAGAUCAACCUCACCGACUCACAUAUCAACCUCACCCAACCACACAUAAACCUCACCGAACCACACAUAAACCUCACCGAGUUACACAUCAACCUCACUAAUCCACACACAAACCUCACAAGUUUGAGGUUUAUUUCCAGUACCUCAAAUUUGUCCCGGUCCUCCCAAGAUGUGUUGCCUCACGUCAGUCUUACCGCUCCCUUGAGUCCUGUCGAGGGAGACUCAUUGUCUCUUGCAAUUUCUUCCCAACCCACAACCACACCUACUUUAGGGCCAACCACACCGACUCUAAGUACUGAUAGUAUUAAAUUAUCUAGAAUAAAGGAAUCGCAAACUGACAGUUUCUUAGAGCCCUCUAGUUCUCCUAGUCAUAAUGAAAUUAAAAUUUCAACUACCAGUACAAGUUCAUCGCACGAUCAAAAUAGCAAGGAAAACGAAGAAAUAGCAAAAGAUUCGAUAGAAAUGUUACCUAGUGCUAGUCCUCUGUCUAAUGUUCAAGAUUACGAUGGGGGUAGUGAAACAAAUAAAAAUGAGUCUCAACCCAUACACAAUUCUGACUCACGACCAAUUAGACAGUCAGAAGAACUAGAAAGGCGAGACCAUCAAGGAAUUAUUUUGCAGGAAGUACAAGACAGUGUCAGAAGUCUUGGCCAUGAGGAUGUUGGUGAUGCUGGUGAGGAUAAUCGAGGAAGAGCGACGCCGGGGAGGAGUUCAGAGACGUCGGCUGUUGCAAAAACAAAAGUGAGAAAGAAAGAGACGACACAGAAAGGAAGAAGCGACGCAGGACGUGUUAUAGCUUCCAACGCAGGAGGAAAUGUAUCUGGAGGUGUGAAGACAGUAGGACAUAAUCAUGCGACAAACUCCCCUCCUACGGUUGCGCCCGCACCCACACCCACACCGUCAGCGAGAUCACGCCUACGUCUUGAGGCUUUGGUUGAAGACGAUGACAUGUCAGGGCUGAUCGAUGCUCCCAGGCUUGCUGAUACACAGAGAUUCGCUGAUCUCGAGGCCCCAGCCGAAGGCUUUAUUGAAAGCGAUUUAGAGUACUACGAUUUUGGGACUUAUCAACAGAUAGUGACUCCAAAUCCUACGCUGUCUUCACUGAGUUUGGUUAGUGCUGUGCCAGUCAGGCCUCCAUCAAGACCCCCAGAAUCUCGCAGACAACAUAGGACAAGAAAACCUGCUCCGGCUAGACCAAGGAAAGUGCCCCCAGGCAGACCAGUACGCCCAGUGCAUCACCAGCGACCCCCUUUGAGGAACAACCCUUAUCCAUAUGGCCCUAAAAUACUGCCCGGACCAUACGCACCUCUCGCACAUAAUUUACCAACCGCUAGAGAGAACGGGGAGGAGUACAAUUAUGAGGAGGACUUGGAAUACUACUACGACCCCGAAGACAACGAGGAGUCCAAGUAUGAAGUGCAGACUAGGGAGCCGCCUGUUCUCUUCGUCUUCGACAAGCCUGGUUAUUCCCCAGAGCCUCCCACCACGAUGGUCCCCCCCACGCGAGCACCUACACCCAGUGACCCGUGGGACUGUAUACCGCGGUGCCCCAGGUACACUAACUGGAUGAGUUUGGAUACGAUGUGCGCUGUAUCCGGAACACCGGCACACCGUCAUGAUUUUUACAAUUUUAUUGGUGAGCUUGAGGAUACUUUUUGGUGUCCAAGAUACUUCUAUGGUCUCAACGAUCAAGGAUUGGUGCUCAACUUGACGGUGCCCUUCAUGACGCAGAUUAAAUUUGGCAAACAUCCUGGUGUGUUGGAAGAGACCAAUGACUAUACCGUUUCCCUCUAUGUUCAGCCCAGCUACUACCAGCACAGUGACCUCCCCACACCCAUCAGCAAUGAGGUUCUGGUAGAUGAACUAGAGUCAAAGACUGUGUUUGUGCACAGCUUUGAAGCAAAUGUGUGGGAUGUUACAGAGAGCUUUCUGCAAGAGAAGGUUCAGACCCUGAUGGAGCAACUUAGACACAAUGGUGAGGCUUUCCUCGAUCGCUACUACUACCUUGCCUCCUACAGUAGACCAGAGUUAUAUCAAAGGGUAUAUUAUGAGAUAUGGAUCUACGCGACCAACUUCCGUGAUCCUCAGACUAAUGUGAAGUCUUCAAACUACAACAGAAAGCCACAAACAAACAAGAUCACACAGAAGACUCUCAAUAAACUCUGCAGAGGGGUGGAAUGUCCCAAAUUUGAGGUGCUGAGAACCUAUAAAUAUGGUAUCCAGAAGAGGCGCUACUACCAUGGGCUGUUUGCUUCCACUUCCCCCAGAGAGUGUGAGUUCACUACUAUGAGUGUCUGGAAAGGUUUCAUGCCACUUCACUUAUACAAGCAUGGUGUGAACUCACACAUGGAAGUGAUCGAGGCAACACGGCCCAUAGCUCUGGUGCACAUUAGGGAUUCCACCGACCCUGAUACUGAGUGCCCACAGAAUCUCACCAUGUCCCUCUACCUUCCACAGCGACUCCACUCCAACCCUCCAGUAACUGGAUAUGCUGCACCCUCUGUACACAUCACAGACUUAGAUGAUGUAAUUGUGUAUGCAUACACUGUUGGAGGUUAUCUCUUGGACCCUAUACGAGUACGCAAGGAGCUGUCAGACAUGAAGUAUAGAUUAUCUGAGUUUGGGGCCUGCUACAAGGAUGAUGAGCAUUAUGUCGUUAUAUACGAUUUCAUUGUUCGAUACCAUGGACGUCAGAAUGAAAUCUGGAUAGUGGCAGAGAAUUGCAAAGCAACACACAAUGGUUAACAAUAGGUUAUUGGUAAAAUCUUUAACUAGUUUUUAACAGACCUAAACAAUGGUAGACUAUACAAAUGCAAAGGAUGUGAUAUCUUUAACAAGGUUUACAGUAUGUGUGUGUACUUUUUUAAAAUGGGUUUUUAGUACAGCUGUAACAUAAUAAUAAAUCAGCUUCUCAUUAGAAUCAGAAAUAAAGAACAAGCUUUAAUCUCAUGUAAAUAUUAUAAUUAAUAAAGAUGUUUUUUAUGAUAACUAAUUAAGCAUACCUUUAGUGAAUAUUUAUUAUAAGGCACACUUGCCUGACCAAUUGAACUAGAGUGAAAUAUGAGUGUGACAUAAAAAUUUGAUAAUUGAAUGGUUGAGGACACAGGUUUGGAGAGUCAUUGAUUUAUUGUGUCUGGACUUUUGGAAGGAUGGCUAAGGAAUGAGUGAUGGCAAUUAUAUUAUUCCCUCUGGGUCACCUUGCCUGAUGGGGAGUGGCUGGUUUGUAAAAAAAAAAAUUCUGAUUUGGUGUUAAGUGAUGUAUUAUGUAGACUAAUGAGCAUUGUAUGUAUAAUAAAGGAGAAUUUUUAUUCAGUGUUUCCUAAUGAAAUCUCUUGUUCAUACACUUCAUGGAAACAUGGGUGCAAUAGGUGAAGCUGUAGUAGAUGCAAGAUACUAAGUAACUAUUAAAUGCACAUUUGACCAUAGAUUUCUUAAGAAACUGUGCAUAGGAAUACAGGUAUACUCUAGGGUACCAUGAAGGCUGCUGCUUAUGUCACCCUACUGAACAGUGGGAAACACUGCAUUUUAUAUAUAAUAAUAAAUUAAUAUAUUUCUUGAAAGAAUGUGAAUUGUUGUACUAUGUAUAGUAUUGUUAUUAAGUGCUGAACUUGUUGGGAUCACAUAAAGCAUGGGGAAUGAGAGGUAAUCAUAAUUGAUCUUGGAAAGGAAGGGUAACUCAAAUUCCUUGGAUCAGUAGCCCUUCAACAGCAUCCAGGCACUUUCCUUGAAGCACUUUAAUAGAGACAUGCCUCGGUGGGAGACAGCCGACUUGUUGAAAAAAAAAAAAUGACAUGUAACUAUGCUCCAUUUAUUAUUCAGUAAAUGAAAUUAAGGGGUUGGAAUGUGAUAACAGACUGAGCAUAGGGAAGUGAUCAUCAAGUAUUAAAUGUGACUAUUGUGGUUUGAUAUAUGAUCACAAGAAUAUUUCUUACACUGUUUGUCAUAAAGAACCUAGAUAGGAAAUGUCUGAACACAAUUCUUUUAACUGGAACAUUCCAAGAAGAACUCUAAGAGAGUUACAAUUAUUACAAUCAUCACUAGGUGCUAAACCCACAAGGGUCAUACAGUAAGACAGUUACAAGACUUUUCAACACUUAUUAUCUAAUUGGAGCUGUUUCAGUAUUGUUUUGAAAAUUUACAGGUAAAUUUUUAACGCUGCUGCUCUCAAUAUUAGUACAUUUGAUUACUAUUUCAUAUUUAAAUUAAACUUCAUGCAUCAGUACAUAUGCAUAUACUUGACUGCAUGUGGCUUUACUAAAAAGCUACUAGGAUAUGCAUAAAGUAGGAUAAUAAAAGGGAUGAGAUAUACUGGUACAUAUAUUUAUGAGAGGAAAGUAAUGAUUUGUACAUACUGUAUUGCUUUUUGUAAUUUGUACUGUAGUCACUUCUCAAACAGUUUAUCACUAAGCAAUGUCUACUAUGGUUAUACAGAAAUUAAACCAAUAUAUACAGGAAGUCUUAUACAAGAAGCAUAUACAAUAUAAACUUUAUUUGCAAAAAAAAUACGCUAUUUUACUCUAAAACAGCAAAAGUAUCACAGAAAAGCUCAACAUUUAAACAUAAAUGUACAGUGGACCCCCGCAUAACGAUUACCUCCGAAUGCGACCAAUUAUGUAAGUGUAUUUAUGUAAGUGCGUUUGUACGUGUAUGUUUGGGGGUCUGAAAUGGACUAAUCUACUUCACAAUAUUUCUUAUGGGAACAAAUUCGGUCAGUACUGGCACCUGAACAUACUUCUGGAGUGAAAAAAUAUCGUUAACCGGGGGUCCACUGUAUUUAGUGUGAUAAGAGUGAAUUUGCAAGCAUGGUACCCUAUGUGUUUAUUUGAUGGUUAUUGAUAAAAUACUCUAAUGUAUCAGUAGUACUGCAAAUAAUGUAUACAGUACUAAGAUACAUACAGAAAAUAGGGGUAGAUGUACAGUAUACCCUGAUGAGAACAGAAAGCCUGUAAUUGACCUAAUGAGUUACUGUCAAGUGUGAGGUUACAUCCACAUGACCACUCCACCAGAUACUGAUAAGAAUCAGUAGCUCAUAACCUAACUGAGCAUGCAAUUCACAUCUGCAGCAUAACAAGAUUCUGAAAUACAUAAUGCUCGGUAAUGAAUUAUAUGAUGUAAGUGUGAUUUUUUUACUUAUGAGAUAUGUUAUCUAGAAAGAAUUACAAAUACAGUACAUACGUAUGUAUGCUUGUAAAAGAACUAAGUUGAAAGUGAAAAUAAAGAGCAAGGUGAGAAGACUAUGAACACAUGGCAAGGAAAAAUUGGACUUCAACUUGGGAAACAGAGUAUGAGAAAGUGAAUUUACUGUAUGUAGAUACUUGAGAGUUGGUGGUGUUGCGAGUCAUAGAAUAUACGAGGGAAAGAAGCUGGAACUUUGAGGAGUAUGUAGAGUAAAAGGAAGAAUGUGGAGUAAAAGGGAAAACGUGGAGCAAAAGGAAAAAUGUGAAGCAAAUGGAAAAAUGUUUCAGGGUAUAGUGGUGAUAACACAUUUGUAUGGGUGUGAUGCAUAAUCUUUGAAUGCUACAGUGAAGAGAAGACUGGAGGUAGUAAUGUAUCUCUGAUCAUUGUGUUGCAUAAAUAUUAUGUAGAGAGGUGGGAAGCGCUGACAUGCAAUCAGGAGGACAAGUUGAGAUGUGAUUUGGAGGAUCAUUUCAAUUGUAAUGCCCAUGCAUUUCUAGUAAGACAACUAUUGAAUGAGUGAUGGUAAAUGCAUUUUCCUUUUUCAGUCACCCUACCUUGGUGGGAAACAUCUCAUGUGGUAAAAAAUAUAUAUGUAUAUACUAUGUUAGUCUAAUAAAUAGACUAACAAUACAUAAAUUAAGGAACAGAGAUUAGAAAUAUGCAGUCGUACACUUUCAAAAUCCUGUACAUUGUUAAGAAUGGCCAUGUAAAUAGCUUUCAAUUCUGUUCAUAAUAAAGGUAGUGGCUAUUUCAGUUAUAGAUAUCAUUGUAAUAAUUAUCAUGUGCUGUUAUCAAGGUGCAUCCCUGGAGUAUAUUUGGGAGAGCAUUUCAGGGAUCAACGUCCCCACGGCUCAGUCUGUGACCAGGCUGCCUGGUGGAUCAGGGUCUGAUCAACCAGGCUGUUACUGCUGGCUGCACUCAAACUGACAUACAAACCACAGCCAGGCUGAUCAGGUACUGAUUUUAGGUGUCUGUCCAGUACCUUCUUGAAGACAGUCAGGGAUCUAUUGAUAAUCCCCCUUAUGUAUUCUGGGAGGCAGUUGAACAGUCUUGGGCCCCUGACACUUACUGUGUUGUCCCUUAGCAUAAUUGUGGAGCCCCUGCUUUUCAUUUGGGGGAUGUUGCAUCCCUGUCAAGUCUUUUGCUUUUGUAGGGAGUGAUUUUCAUGUGCAAAUUUGGGACUAGUCCCUCUAGGAUUUUCCAAGUGUAUAUUAUCAUAUAGUAUCUUUCUCGCCUGCAUUCCAGGCAAUACAAAUCAAGGGACUUCAACUGUUCCCAGAAGUUUAGGUGUUUUAUCAUAUUUAUGCAUGCCAUGAAAGUUCUCUGUACAUUCUCCAGGUCUGCAGUUUCACCUGCCUUGAAAGGGGCCAUUAGUAUACAGCAAUAUUACAGCCUAGAGGUGUGGAUGUAACUAGGGUGUUAUGUAUGCAAGUCUGAUGUUUUUAUACUUUUAUUGUAUUAAUUAUUAGAAGUGAAAUGACACCAGUCUGCUUCAUCAGUUUGCUUCACAAACUGUUUAACUUUAUACAGCAUUCAAACAUACACACACACACAUACACUUGAACAUACUAUACAUGAAGCAAAGAAGUAAAGUUGAUUUUAUAUACAGUAUUGUACUAUAUUGUAUACAUGUUAAAGAAAUAUUACAGAUUAAUCGGAAAACCUAAGGAGAAAAGUAAUUUUUUAAGGCAUUGUAAUGUACACUGAACAUUAAAUACUUCUGUUAAAUACUUCUCAAUGAUGACAUCUCUUAAGUAGUCAACAGUAUAAUGAACUAAUCUAGGUAGCAUAAUAGGCAACCAAUUCAUGUUUAUUUUUACAUUUUAUAUUUUCAAAUAUUUUUUUACAGACAGUGAAACUUUAACGUAAGGGACUAACAGGAGCAAGAAAGGGUCCUAUAAUGCCAAUUGUGGAGUAAAGCUGAAUGAUGAGGUUGUUAUCCAUGGUAAUAACAGUAAUGAGCAAUUAUAAUAAUAAUACAUUCAUUUCUUUUCUGCAGUAUACAGGAAAUGUAGUUUACAUGUAAUAAAAUAUUGUAGGCACAAAAGAUUUAUUAGACUUUGUUCACUGAAUUCUGAAUCAAUUUACCCAACAGACUAUAACAAUACCAAAUAAUUUUGGAUUUAACGAACUUUGACCGAUGUUCAUGGCCUUUGUCCAGACAAAUUGAAGUUCUAUCUGUAUACCGAGAUAUUCAUGUGUCAUGCAUAUAUACUUAAAUAGCUGAAACAGUUUAGAUUUCUAUUUUUAGCUUGUAUAUUUAACAACACCCUGCCUCGGUGGGAGACGGCCGACUUGUUGAAAAAAAAAAAAAAAAAUAACAAGUACCUGUAAUUUAUAUUAUAUACAAAUUGUAGUAAUGUACAAAUAUUUUAGGAUUUUUAAUUUUUUUUUAUGUAUACAGUACAAUAUAAGCAAAUUUUCCUGCAUUAUUGUAUAAGGGACAACUAGGUGCCACAAAUACAAUCAUAUCAGCAUGUAAAAUUUUUUACCAUUUCCAUAGCAAUACAGUAGUAGAUCAUGGAUUAUCCAGCCCCUUCAGGUGGGAGGGAAGUUGCUCCAGAUUUUCAACUCUGCCAAAUGAUCAUACCAUAUUUUAUGUCCUUUUGUUUUACAUAUAAAUUUUUUUAUGAUGAUGAUUCUGAUGAUGUUGAAGGCUGACAUCAGUGAUCUAUUUUACUAUAAUCAAAUCAAACCAAAUAAAAAAAUUAUUUCUUUGCAAAGGUUACAAUGUGUGUUUACAUUUCAUAAUUUGAUCAGUACUGUACAAAGAAAGCCACUAUCAUGCCGAGGCAUUUCAGGCAGACUUAACCUAAUACUUAAAGACUACUUAAGUCUAGACAGGUGAAGAGUGAUAGAUUACAAAUAUUCAAUAUUUUAUUCGAAAGGUGUAAACUUUGUGUGGACUUUCUUCAAACUUUUUAAGUACAAUGCUACUUAUUAAAAAUGUUGCUAAGUAGAUUGCACGAAUUGUUUUUAGUGUACAUUGCUAAUGGAUAAAUAGUAUAGUACUGUACAAUAGUAUGUAAUAAAUAAAGACCUCAACAUCUG